GGCUGACAAGAGACGACAUGUGCAGCAGUUGUUGGACAGCGGGGGCAGAGAGUGAGUGUUCCUUACAAGGGAGUGUCCUCUUUGGGAGGACGAUCACUACUUUCUGUGUAUAUUUAUUUUGGUUGGAUCACUCAUCGACAUCCUGAGCAGAGUACAUACACAGCAGAAGCAGCAGCGGUGGGAACAGCAGAGUGUGCCUCAGGUGCUGGACAAGCAUGAAGAGCUUGAUGGAAUGGUUUUUCACUACUCUCGGUGCUGUGGUUGUCAUCUACUAUGGAGUGAAGCUGCUCCUUUUCACAAGGAUGCUUUAUCCCAAAAGGUGGUUUCCGCUGCCCAAGUCUUUCUUUUUGUCCAUGGGGGAGUGGGCAGUGGUGACCGGAGCUUCAGAGGGCAUAGGAAGACAAUACGCCUUAGCGCUGGCUGAACAAGGGAUGAAUGUGGUUAUCAUGAGCAGAACCAAAGUGACUUUGGACAAGGUGGCCAAGGAAAUAAGCGAAACUACACAUCGGAUGGUAAAAGUGGUCGUGGUAGACUUCACCAAGGACAACAUCUUCAACGACAUUGAGGAGGAGCUUAUGUACCUGGACAUUGGUGUAUUAGGUACCACUUACAGUCUUUUAUGUAACAUUAUUUGCUUACACAUGCCAAAUUUACAAUGGGGGGAUCAUUAUCAAAUGCAAGUCAUCAAAACUGGAUGUUCUUUCUAUUGUGUGCCAGUUAACAAUGUAGGCAUGCUGCCCAGUGUGAUCCCUCGCAGAUUCCUUGAAGAAGAAGAUCUGGACCAGAUAAUCACGGGUGUGAUAAACUGCAACGUGAAAACCAUGGUGAAGAUGUGCAAAAUAGUCCUUCCAGGCAUGGAAAACAGGAGAAAAGGGGUGAUAGUAAACAUUGCAUCCGGAAUUGCUUCCAUCCCGUUCCCUCUGUACUCGCUGUACGCUGCAUCGAAAAUAUUUGUGGAGAGAUUUUCUCAAGGUCUUCAUGCAGAAUACAAAGAUAAAGGUGUUAUUAUACAGGCAGUCACACCCUUCGGGGUCUCCACUCGAAUGGUGCGCUACCAGCAAACAAACGUGGCCAUGCUGUCCCCUCGAGACUUUGUGAAGAGCUCCAUGCAGUAUAUCAGAGCUGGGGACAAAACAUACGGCAGCAUCUGUCACAUGUUCUUGGGCUGGUUACUAAACUCCAUCCCACUCAAGAUUCUCCACACGGAGUCUGUGUUGCACGGUCUGCAGGAGUACGUGGAGAGAAAACAGGAAGAAAAGAAAAGCUCCAGCUCUGUAAUAAGCGAAGCUUAAAAAAAAAAGGAGAGAGAAAUAACAGUGCCAAGUUGUUUCUGUUCCAUCGCAUACAGUAACAGAGGAACCCCCAAAGUCAGACGCAGUCCAUUACGUGAUGCCGGUUCUUUUGAAAACAUGUUUUCCCUUUGGAAAUCAUAUAAAGUUCUUGUGACUUUUGUGUUGUCGCGUCAGGGCUCGCCGCAAAGAGUGACUUGCAUUAAUUGUUCGGCACAGUUUUUAUGCCAGCUCCCCUGACUGGCGCAACCCAAACAUUUUUUAUCUGGGCUUGGGACCUGGAAAUCAUGUCCUGAAUUCAGUGAAUUAAUUCCAUAAAACUGUUAUGAACAGUACAGGCAAUAUUUGAAUUCACAUUUUUAACAUUCUUAACUAUCACACAAUGUUUAAAUACUGUUAAAGUUAACCAAUGAGUAAUACCUAUAAAUACAACUAAAAUAGAGUAAAACUACUCACCAUUUGAAGAAACCUAACGGACACAAAAUGAAGUAGGAACAGGAAACAAGCGUCUGCGGUCAUUUUCAAUCUCAUCAUUGGGCACUAAGCUUUUAGCUAUUUAUGGUACAAUCUGCUCAGUAAAAUUAUGUAUGUAAACCCCUAAAUAGCAAAUAUCCGCUAGUUGACACCCCCAAACAGGGUUAUAAUUGCCCAUAGAUGCCACCAGAUGGCGCCAAAGCAAUACUGUUACAUUUUUGCACAAAAACAGCCAAUAGGUGAGUUUAACAGUGAAUAAUGAAUGUGAGGUUAAAAAGAAAAUCGACGAAAAGAUGAAUUUGCAAAUAAGCAGGGAUUCAUUGUAUUGUACCGAGCAGCCAGACCUUUUCCUAUGUCGUGGUCAGUUCCAUUUUUGGUUCAAUGGUUAUCAUCCCACCUUUCCUUCUGUGGUGGCAUCACAAAAAAAGCCAAAGAAAAAGCAAAAACGUGCCAAUAUAUUAAUGCAACGAAUAGCGAAAACAUUUUUACAAUUUCCUAUAUUAAUACUUUAAAUCGUAAAUGUACCACAAACUAUGAUUCCAAACACUAAUAUCAUUUCAAGCACAUUUUAUAACAUUAUCCUUAAAAAUAAAUAGCUUACAGAUUAUUUGAUUUUGAAAAAAUGUGUCGGAAGUGCAUGCGGCAAAGACUCUCUAACAACAACAAUAACCCAGGCUAAACCUACUUCCUCCCUGAGAUACAGAGCUCGUCUCUCGGUUACAAUGUAUCACUUCAACAUGCUUCUUUGACACUUUUUAUUGAGACAGAGCAUAAGCCUUGUGACAUUCUGUGGCAUUGUUUCAGAAAGGGCACCCAAAAAAAAAAAAUCCUACAAAAUAGAUGAUUUUUAGUGCAUAGCUGGGGAAAUGUACUCCCCCCCCCAAAAAAGACCUGAACAGGUGAAUUUGUGAAUAGUGAACCAUGAAUGUCCGGGAGAUUACUUUAAUCAACGAGAUGCUCAUUGAACCAAAGUUUCAUUUUCCGUGUAUGACGUCACACAUAAUGGUUUAAACUUCAAAGUUCUGUUUGACAUUACUGUUGGGAAAAUUUGGGUGGCAAUUCACAUACAGUAGUUUGACUUUGGAGGUUUACAUGUGUCCUGAAGUUGGAAUAUAGGAAGUGCAGGCAUUGGGAAUUUGUGAGGAAAGUAAGUAAUGUAGAAAAAUACCACACCGAGUGUUAUUUGAUUAUUAAGAGUUGUUAUAUAUCAUGGUCAAAGAGUUAUGGCUUGUCUUUAUGUUGAUGUUGAAUUUAUUACUGCAUUUGUAAUGUAUACUGCAAUAUUUAAUAAGGCCACUGGAGGUGCAACACAUGAGUUUGGAUGAUUCCUGUUGUGGAGCAGGACAGGACUUCCUUAGAAUUUCUUGUGGAUGUUAAGUCCGAGCCCUUUAAGAUGAAGAAUUUUAGAUUUGUUUUUUGUUAGUGAAGACAAGAAAAACAUUGUCAAAGAUUCAUGCAAAUUAGGUGGGUUCAACAACAACAAUUCAACAAUUGGUCAGCAUUAACAAAACAAAAAAAAUGUGAUAAUGAUGCUGGGUAUUGAUUGAUACCACUGGAGAGGUAUUUGAACUGUGUUUAUUCUAUUGUCAUUUUAUUUUGAUGUGGUGGAUUAGUUUCAUAUUUGACCAUAUACUGUGUGUGGCUGAAAUAUAUUUAA